AUUGCUUCAUAUAAUAAUUGUAAACAAUACGAGUCAAGGGCUCUUUAUUUGCACCAAUUGGUGGGAGUUAUUGAUUUUUAAAUUUACUUAAAAUGCAACUGUAAGGAUAUUUUUAAGAAAACAUUCCAUCAAAAGCAGUUACUAAAAAUGCUUAGGCAGGAGAAUUUAGCGGCAAACUUUUGUGGUCUGUUAGCAGCACAGGGAUAUAAAGAAAAGGCAAAUGAAUGGCGCGUACUUGGUCAGGAACGCGAUGGUUCAAUGCUUACUUCUUGGAUUUUCGAGGAUUUAAAUUCAGACGAUCGAGAAACUUGUAUUGGCCAUUUUAAUGCAACCGCUAAGACUUUGCGUAUAUUAUACCGCUUUCAAAAACAAUGUCCGGAGGUAAUUCAAGCUAGUGUCAAUAGCAGCGGCACAUUGUUGGUUUAUGUUGAGAAAAAAUCAAUUUCUGAAGAAAAUGAACCUGCUCGUCCCCACUACCGAGCAUACAUUGCUGACGUACGUUCGGUUGGUAAUCAUAUGGCGGCAAUACCACUAUUAGAGGCACCAACACGACGACAAGUAAUGGCCCAAUUUUUUUGGAGGACAGAAAAAUCAUCCGAAAAAUCACUAAGUGAAGAGAAGCUUCUGCUGCUAAUUCAUGAGACUUCUAUCAAGCAAUUUUUAUUCACCUUAAAGCAGUGUGAGACAAACGAAGUACGUCUAACCAGUACUACAGAAAAAUCGUAUAAAGACAAUGACGUUUUUGACACAAGCUCUUUUGCUUCCGAGACGAUUGCUAAAAAUUUUAGUUGGGCACAAUGGGACGCAGAUAAUCAGGCAUUAUAUUAUAUUCACCUAAAACCUAGAGCGAAAAGUUUAAGUCUCAUGGAACGUGAUGAUUUGGAGAAGAAUGACGAUAAUGAACUAAGCCCGACACUCUCAGCAUUCCAGUUCAAUGAGAAAUUGCCAACUGAGACAGUGCUGAAUAUUCCACUUAAUUUGCCAAAAUUACCACAAGGCUCCUUUGAUGGAGAACCGACUUAUGAUGAUGACGCUAUUCCGUUAAGAGUUCAUGACUCCUCAUUAAAUCUGAUUAUAUUGACAAAUGGCACUGGUAUGCUUUUUGUAUGUCACUAUUAUCUUUACCAACCGAUACAACCCAAAAAUGUUGACGAUACGCCUGCUGAAGGAGCAGACCCAUGUCAAAAGGUUAAUGUACAUUUUGCGUAUUCAGUAACACUACUUCACCACGGUUGUGUUGUUCAUUGCGUGAUGCCUGGCGUGCCAUGGGAAAAAGCACGACUACUUAAGCCAACGUUUGCACUACAGGGUUCUCAUCAUUUGUUAGUAUUUCAGCCAGAUUUAUUUGUGCAUUUGCUAGAUGUGGGUUUGACCCAUGAACCAUGUUGUCAUAUUGUGUGUCCUGCACACAACCGUAACCCGAUGACACAACUUGUACCCUGUCGAAAGUGGGGAUCAUUAGCAUAUGACGUAGCGACCUUAGACCUGGUUUCGCUCAGUGUGCCACGUAGUCAUUUGAUUGAAACUUUCCGUAAUGACGUUUCUGUCGAUAACCGACUAAGUAUAAUUCACUAUUUUCUUUUACAUUCCAAUGAUAUGGGUGUUCUAGCAGAACUUCUUGGAAUGAUAAUGGAGAGAGCGCUCUCACUGAAUACUGUAGCAUUAUUGAAGGAAGUACUAGUUGCUGGUAGUUAUGCUUCUACCUUACGCGGCUUGCCUGCGGAUGCUGCAUCGCUUGCUCGCUUUUUACCGCUUACAACAGCUGAUCCCACUCGUCCGAUACAGGCACGAGUAGCAGAUCUCAGUGUAGGCUUGUCGCAUGAAAGUCUACAUAACACUACCAUGAUGUUAUUAUCUCCUCAUCAGCGUUUGUCGCCUUACAACCCCGAUAUUUGGACGCGUUUGUGGGAACAUUUGAACGAAGCUGGGCAAAAGGAAAAACAGCGCUUCAAUGCGGAGCAGGUCACAGAAAAGCUUAUGUUCUCACUAUCAUGCUAUCAACCUGAAGCAUUAUCACGAUGCUCGACACCGCAAACUCCGAGCGGUGUAGUUGGCAAUAACUUUGGAGAUAUUUCAACGUCAAAUGGACGAAACUGCACUGAGGUUUUACCCUUUAUCGAGUUGGAGACUUGUACAGCUACAAAGCAGGAGCAUGUUAUUUCUGUGAAUAUGCGAGAGUUGAGCGUACAUCUGGUCAAGCAUUCAGCUAAACCCAACACAGGGUUUCGUUGGUUGAAGGAAACAUUUUUUGAACGUUCUCAAGCGCCCGCUCACGUGCAUGCUGUUGCCACACAAUACGUUAACGCACAAUUAGAAUUGUCUCGAGCCCUAUGCUCACUUGUUUGCCGUGCAGCUGGACUGGAUGCGCGUAAUGAAACUGCGAGGGGUUUUCAGCUAAUUGAUCAAAUGUCCAACGGCCAACAGUAUUCAUUAUUCUUAACAUUGGAGCGCUUUUGCUUAGCUGUUGACUCGAUCGCAUUUCCACUGCCCCAAGGCUUUGCAUCUUUCUUCACUUACCUUGGUUAUCGUGCUCUAACGUUUGAUAUGUUCUUACAGUAUGUGGAAAAUCAUGUAUUCGAUUUGCAAAUUGAUGUAAUGAAAACAAUCAUUAACGGCAUUGAUAAUACCACAGACGGAGUUGAAAAGAAACUUUCUUUGUUGUCUGCUUUACCAAAGUCUCGGGCUCAGCGUUUAUUGAAAAAUUGGCCACAUCCAGAGAGUUUGAUGAUUCGCGGCCGAGAGCAUGCAAGUAAUAUAUUAUCCGGACAACCGAUGCAACAACAACGCAGCAGUAGCGGUGGAGUAAAUGCUAACAUUCAAGGACGUGCUACUUUGAGAAGUGAAAUGGCUGCAGACACCUUAUCACCACUGGAUUCAUUUCUGGACCUUCUCACAGCCAAAGCUAGCCUAAAUGAACUGGACUACAAUUUAUUAAUAGAAACUACAAUAUCCUCAAUGGAAUUUUCUAAUGUUAUAGAAUAAGCCCUGUGCUCAUAUAUUAUCUUGAUUCAAUAAGUGUUUGACGAACAUGUGCCAUAAAAUUCAUGUUUCAAAAAAACUAUGAACGAGGCUUAUAUUAUAUUAAGAUUUAUUUUUGCUCUUAAAUUAUGAAUUACCGGUGGUUAGCGUGAACUUACUUUUUUUUGCUAUUGUUAUAACAAAACAUGUAAGUGCUCGCGAUUAAGCCAUUCGCAAAAAUAUUUUUUAUAAGUAUUAAUUUGUGAUAAAUAUUAAUUCUAAUUUCCUUAAU